GUGCCGAACGCUCGCCGCACGGCCGCCAAGGUGUUCCGGCCGCCGCCGCCGCCGCCGCCGCCGCUGCUGCUGCUGUUGCUGGUGAUGGUGACGACUUUGGCGCGCGCCGAGCACUACACCAACCAGUUCGCCGUCCGCGUGUCCGGCGGCGGCCGCGACGGACAGGCGGACAGGGUGGCCAGAAAGCACGGGUUCGUCAACCGCGGACAGAUUGGAAGCCUUGAUGAAUUCUAUCUAUUCGAACAUCAACACGUGCACAAACGGUCACUGUACCUUGACGAAAAGUACCAUUCUUGUUUGAAAUCGGAUCCGCAGAUCAUAUGGUCACAACAACAGUACGAACUCAAAAGAUUUAAAAGAGAUUUCGCACCGGCAAAAAAUGUUACAAAAAUUGAAAUUACAAAACCAAUGUUACGCUUUCCUGAUCCAUUAUUUGCUGAUCAGUGGUAUUUGAAUGGAGGAGCCAAAGGAGGGUUCGAUAUGAAUAUAGGACCGGCCUGGCAGAAAGGAUACACGGGAAAAGGAGUGGUCGUGUCUAUACUUGACGAUGGUAUACAAACAAAUCAUCCGGAUUUAGCUCUGAAUUACGACAAAGCAGCCAGUUGGGAUAUUAAUGACGACGACGACGACCCGAGUCCAAGAGACGACGGGGACAACAAGCAUGGGACGAGGUGCGCAGGAGAAGUGGCCGCCGUAGCGUUUAACAAAUUUUGCGGCGUGGGAAUCGCGUACAACGCAAAGAUUGGAGGUGUCCGGAUGUUGGAUGGGGUUGUUAACGAUGCGGUGGAAGCAAAAGCAUUAAGCCUGAACACGAACUAUAUAGAUAUAUACAGUGCAUCCUGGGGACCAGAGGACGACGGAGAAACGGUUGAUGGACCUGGACCGUUGGCAAAAAGAGCAUUUGUUAAUGGCGUAACAUCGGGAAGACAAGGCAAAGGUUCCAUAUUUGUGUGGGCAUCUGGUAACGGUGGUCAUCAUACAGAUUCUUGUAACUGCGAUGGAUAUACUAACAGUAUAUAUACGCUGUCCAUUUCGAGUGUCACUCAAACGGGGAGCAAACCUUGGUAUUUAGAAGAAUGUUCGUCGACAUUAGCCGCCACGUACAGCUCCGGAACGCCGGGAAGUGAUCACGGAGUGACCACCGUCGAUAUGGAUACGAAAAUGAAACCAGAAACGAUAUGCACAUCCGAGCACAGUGGUACAUCUGCGUCAGCUCCUAUUGCAGCAGGUCUUUGUGCGCUGGCGUUGGAAGCCAACAGUAAUUUGACUUGGAGGGAUAUGCAGUACUUGGUCGUGAUGACUUCCAACACAAAACCCCUGCAAAACGAAUCCGGUUGGAUAACGAACGGAGUUCAUCGUAAAGUAAGUCAUAAGUUCGGUUACGGUCUUAUGGACGGAGGUGCACUCGUAACGAUGGCCGAACAGUGGACGAACGUUCCUCCACAGAAGAUUUGUAGAGCCCGAGAAGACAACAAACAAAGGGAUUAUUGAAGAAAUGGCAGUUGGUAUUUUACGGGACGUCCGAGCCACCAGUGAGGUUAAAAGCCAGAAAGAAAUACUUCAACCAGAUCCAGGCAAAGGCGAAAUUAAAACCGAACGAAAAAGAGGGGCUAAAAAAAACCAAGCAUCCGUCUAUCCGCCCAGUGAAAAAUGUCAAAAAUGAAAUAGCAACAAUAAACGUUAGCACUGGAUCAACCACUACGUUUAGUCCAAUUAUUAAACAACUGUGUUUAAACAAUUCGAAGUAUUGUGAAACCUGUACGACCACCGACAACGUUACACUAUGCAAUCAGUUCAAUGAAACCAGUGCCAUACAUUGUAAUUGCUCGAAUUCGAACAACGAGAAGAGAAGAGCCGACGAGGACGAGGACGGUGACGGCGUGAUCUACACGGUGUUCUACAGUUCUUUGAAAUCCGACCGGAACCAUGUGACCAAACCCGGGAUAGGACCGGAAGUCGUCGUACUCGUGGUGCUGUUACUGAUCUGGCAUCAUUUCCAUCAAAAAACAAGAUUGGCGAUCGAUUGCGGAAGAACACAUGGUAUUAGGGCGAGGACGGUUGCUGCAACUAGAAACCUCGUCAGGUCUUCGGAACAAAAACGCUGCGUUGGAAAAAGAGAACAGAUAAUUGGAAUAAUGCAGUAUGGUAUCGUAGAACCGCCAACAAUGAAGUUUAAUAACUAUUCAAGCAAACAAAUGAAGAGUUACGAAAUACAUCAAGAAGGCAUUAAAAAAACGUUAAAAGACAUAAUUACUGAAAUCGAAGAGAAGGGAGACUUGUGUUUUAUUUCUUCCUCCAAAAAAUCUGAUAAUGACUACUUGUCAUUCGUUGAAACCGCAGAUCAAACGCAUUUAACAGAAGAUCUGUCUUGGGAAAAUCGAAAUUUUAUAUGUCUUUGGAAUGACUUAAAAAUCGGAGAACAAGCGGACGUAAAUAACGGAUCCGAGAACUGUAGAAAAGAGGAGUCUAAUGGUAUAAAAAUCAAUGCUGAUGAUGGAUUGAAUCACAAAGAAGUGGAUUUGGAUAAAAUAUUUAAACCAGCUACUGAAUCCGGGGAAGUUACUCCAUCAAAGAACAGGAAAAUGUAUGCCAGUAGUAGUUUUUACGGUCCAGAUCACCCAACGGUAGAACAACAAUUUGAAUUGGCUCGCCGUAUAUCCAGUUCAUUAAGCGAUAUAAGUAACCAACAGAGUAAAGGGCAGUCCAUGUUCGUUAACCGGAAAAAGAGAUCGGUCAAAUGGGUGCACGAAGGAGAAGGUAAAGGUCCGAUUCCAUCCAACUUCCCACUUGGAUUCCAACAACAAAGUUAUGAAUCUACCGAACAAAGUUCGGAGUCAAAGCAAAAACUGAAGCUAGUCAUGGAUCCAAGAGGUCAAGUGCAAGAUUUGCAAACGUUACGUAAGCUUGGUGAGAACGUCGAGCUCUGCCUAAGUCCAGAAGUGUGUUUUGAUUUGGUCAGAGAUUUGAACGCCACCAAAGGAAAAGGUGCUGCACUAUUCGCUAAAAGGCGUAAGCGAUCCGAAAACUGGAUAGUAGAUGAAAACAAUGUGAAAUCUAUUUCACCUAGUCUCUCUGAACCGACCAUUACGAAACAAAGUAGUCAUAAAGUCCAAAAUUACAAACAAGGUACUCAGAGAGCAGAAAACAUUCAAAAAAUGAACGAAAUUCAACAAAGAUUCACUCAACCUCGUGUAAGAUUGAUCAAAUCUCCAUGGGAGGCAGCAUUGGAAACGGGAUCGGUCGAGUCGGCGUUCCAAGACGUGGGUCCGGUGUUUCCACCGAGAGGUUACAUCGUGGCUCCGACCCCUGGGGCCAUAGAGGCGCUAAAAGAAGGAGGCGGCAGAACUUCUAGGGCAACCGCCUGCUCGACUCCGUCGAGAGACGUGACGCCCAGAAGCUGCCCAGACAUAUACACACCGAAGGCCCCCAGAGGUUGGAACACGCAGAGCAACAGGCAGCAGCCUCCGACUUACAGGUCGGUAAAGUUGGAUCAGAUAUUUCGCGGUGCCCCUCAUUCGCCGGUGAGUCUGUUGAACAAAGCUUCGAUAUGCUCGACCGGUCUCACCCCCAAAGUGUCGGAGAACCUGUCGAGCACGACUUUCACGAUAAACAAAGACAAUUCGCUGACUCUGACCCCCGUCCCGAUCCCUCCGGCGACCAACCGAGCUUACUACGACGAGCCUAGGUACCACAGGGUGGAGUUUACGCCCAGGUCGACGCCGGGGUUGGGAAACGGAAACGACACGCCGGGGCCGGAUAGCGUGGCCGCGGGACCUACAUACAGCACGGCGACGGCUCCAUCGUCGGAUCCUGCGCGAACACCGUCGUACAAGGACUACUUGUCGCUGAGCAACUACAACACCGCGCCGCGGGGAUGGAAGAAGGGCGAGACGGUCGUGUACAGGCCAGUGACGUUCAACAGCAGCAGGCCCGCGCCCAACCGCGGCCAGGACGUUUGUCGGAACAGCUUCACCGACUUUUGAUCGGUGAACCAUGACACCCGUGUCCGUUCCUGUAUCGCGGAACAUAGGACGAUUGUCGCACACGAUUUCAAUUGUUCCGUCGACGGGUACGUCGGACUGGGAUGUUUUACAAAUAUGAAAUGUGUACUGAACAUUAUAUAUACCUAUUAUGAUAUUCAAAAUGCUUUCAAGUUGUACACGCAUUCGAUUAAGUUUAUAUACAUGAUUGUUAUCGAUUUUUUUUUUUACUGUUAUGCAGUGUUGAUUUUUUGUUUACUUAAAUCUAAAACGACGAUUGUUCUGUCUUCAACAAAAUAUACAUACAUGUGAAAACUAUCGAUGUUAAUUUAGAGCAACUCGAACGUGUUCGACACUAUUGAGUGGUUAAGUUUUUGGUUUUUUGUAAAAAAAAUAACAAUAACAAUAUUUUAUCGUUUAAGAUAAGAUUAAAAUUAACGUCAAACUAUGACGCGGUUUUCAAUUGAGUUUUAUAAUAUCAAAAAUUAAAACAAUUGAGAUGAUCAAAUUUAAUGUAUUUUGCUUCGUUGUUAACACAUUUUUCGUUUAGAAAUACGUAUGGAAACCAAUAAGAGAACUUAAAAUUACAUUCGUUUAAAACACAUGGGUCAAUUUAUUUACAUGUCCUCUAAAAAGAUACCUUAGUUUAAGUUCAGUAUCUAAUCCAUCAAAUAUCGUUUUUUGUGUUAAUAUAUAAUUCGUGAUUAAACGAUGUCAGGCAUUACAUUUAAUGGGUAUUUGGAAAUUAUAAUAGAAGUCAAUAAUAGUACCGUAAUGUUAACUGCUGUAAUAAUAUAAAAGUUUAUGUCGGAAUUUUUAUUUAUCUGUGUUGCUCGUAAACAAAAUAUUGUAUUGGUUAAAAUAAAAUUUUAAUUUAUGAAAUAAUUAAAGUCGACUGUAUAGUCAACAAUUUGCAUAUUGGCAUUCAGUCGUCGCACAGUUUUAACAUAUGAAUAAUAUACUGCGUCAUAUUUUUUAUUCAGA